GCCCCGCCCCCGCCAUGGCGGCCCCUCAGCCCCCCGGUUCCCCCUGGGCCGGGCCGGGGUCGGGAGCGGCCCCCGGAGCCGCCGGGGCCGGGCCGUGCUGGGCCGCGGUGCUCGGCUGCCUCAGCCUGGCCUGCUCCUACGUGGGGAGCCUGUACGUGUGGGGCAGCCCCCUGCCCAGGGACCACCCGUCGGUCAUCAAGCGCCGCUUCACGAGCGUCCUGGUGGUGUCGGGGCUGUCCCCGGCCCUGGUGUGGCUCUGGAAGGAGCUCACGGGGGUCAAGGCCGACACCCCCCUGCCCGCGCUGCUGGGGCUGCGCCUCGAGGGGCUGGUCCCGGCCACGCUGCUGCCUCUGCUGCUCACCAUGAUCCUGUUCCUGGGGCCGCUGAUCCAGCUGUCCAUGGACUGUCCCUGGCGGUGGCUCGAUGGCAUCAGGGUGGCCCUGGACCCGCGGGUGUGGGUGCUGUGCCUGGGGGACGUGCGCUGGCUGCGGAACCAGGUGGUGGCCCCUCUGACGGAGGAGUUGGUGUUCAGGGCCUGCAUGCUGCCCAUGCUGGUGCCCUGCACAGGGCCCGGCCCCGCUGUGCUGGCCUGCCCCCUCUUCUUCGGGGUCGCCCAUUUCCACCACGUGAUCGAGCAGCUCCGCUUCCGCCACGGCUCCGUCGGCAGCAUCUUCAUGGCAGCAGCAUUCCAGUUCUCCUACACGGCCGUGUUUGGGGCCUACACGGCCUUCCUGUUCCUCAGGACCGGUCACCUGGCGGGGCCGGUGCUGUGUCACUCCUUCUGUAACUCCAUGGGGUUCCCGGCGCUGGGCGCGGCUCUGGGGCACCCGCGGCGCCGGGCGCUGCUCCCCGCGUACCUGCUGGGGGUGCUGGGCUUCCUGCUCCUGCUGCACCCCCUGACCGAACCCGCCUUCUUCGGGGCGCGCCCCCCCUGCCGCGACCCCCCCGCCUGCUCCUGACACGGGGAGGGGGCGCCCGCCCCUCCCCAAACCCCCCCCCCACCCCUCUU